AUGGACAAUAUAGUUAACAACUUGGAACUCACCGUCACACCAUCUCAAUUGAAACCCACCCUUCGAGCAUUAUUACAUGCGAUAUUCUUUCAUCGUUUGUUGGAUAAUGUCCAACCGGAAACUUUUGAAAUACUGGAUGUGCACGUACCUUCUGUACCGAAUCCCAUUUUGGAGAAAGAUAUCAAUACCAAAGUUGACCAAUUCUAUGAAGAGACUGUACUUCUUAAUCAAUCAGAAGGACAAUUAGCAGUCAUAUUCUUACAACGUAGACCUAAGAAAGGAUGGUUUGCUACUACUGAGGAACUCGUUCCGUGGGAAGAACACUUAAUCACCGUUCAUCUUUCCAACUCACCCAGAUCGACGAAUCAAUCUUUACAUGCGGCAUUAUUGCAGACUCUUACUUUCUGUGCCGAGAAGAAGGGUAAUGUGCCUCCGUUAUCUGGGAAUUCUAGCGCGUUUCUUUCUCAUCAAAUACUCAUCUCACCACCAUCCCCAGCAGAACUUUUCGCCCCUUCUUCCCCUCCCCGUCGUACAUCUCCUCCACUGGCAGCACCAUCUCUCGUCCCCGAGUCGGACAGGAGAGAAAGUAGAGAUCGGAGUAUGUCCCCUGGGGUGUUCACCAGAGAAUAUGGCGCGAUGGGAUAUCUUGAGCAAGCUCGGGAUGGUCUCAGAGCGCGGGGAAUUGGAGUGGGAGAGGAAGAGGGGCUGGAUGAAUAUUGGCUCUUGGUUUGGUUGUAUGAGAUAAGUAAGAAGAAAGGAAGGGAGAGAUACUGUACGACAUAUCACGCGAUUCACGAUGUUACAAGUUUGACACACGAGCUCGUCAUUUGA